AGUGGCUGCACAUGCGCAGUGGCGUCAGCAGCAUGGCGGCAGGCAGAAGUAUGGAGUGGGUGAAGAGUGUUAAAGGAGUGAUUUUAGAUAUGUGUGGAGUUCUCUAUGACAGCGGUGAGGGUGGAGGGAAACCUAUACCUGGAUCUGUAGAAGCAGUCGAGAGGCUGAUGGGUUCGGGUCUGAUCGUGCGCUUCUGCACCAACGAGACUCAGAACACGCGAGAGAAGUUCGUGCAGAAGCUGAAGCGGAUGGGCUUUAACAUCAGCGUCAGUCACGUGUUCUCACCUGCGCCUGCGCUGUUGCGCAUCCUGAGAGAGCGAGGACUGCAGCCACACCUGCUGGUGCAUGAUGAUCUGAUGGCGGAGUUUGACGGUGUAGAGAUGACGUCUCCAAACUGUGUCGUCAUUGGAGAUGCUGCAGAGAGAUUUUCGUACCAGAACUUAAAUGAAGCGUUUGGUGUUCUCAUCGGACUGGAGAAGCCCGUUCUCUUCUCUCUGGGUCAGGGACGCUACUAUAAGGAAACUGAUGGAUUAAAGUUGGAUGUGGGGGUUUAUAUGAAGGCGCUGGAGUACGCCUGUGAUGUUCAGGCUGAGGUGAUAGGAAAACCAUCUGCAGAAUUCUUCCAGAGUGUUCUGAGAGACAUGGACCUUCAACCACAUGAGGUUGUGAUGGUGGGUGAUGAUCUUGUGAAUGAUGUGGGAGGAGCUCAGCGGUGUGGUAUGAGAGGUGUUCAGGUCAGAACCGGUAAAUACAGACCGAGUGAUGAACAUCAUCCCAGCGUGAAAGCCGACGCACACACGGACGACCUCGCUGCCGCUGUGGAUGCACUACUGAUCUCAGAUCUGUGAAUGAAACGACACUGGACUGUACUGUUGUGUGUACUGUACUGAUCACACACUGAUCUUGUUAACAGAUGAUGAGAAAACUGAUGUAGUGAACUUAAAUCACAUGACAAUGCUGCUGUAGACAGGGACAUUAUGUUAGGGUUACCAUUCAAGUGAAGGUUUUGUAGGUUUGUGCUGUUGUGCGCUGAGGUUUAUUUAAACAAUAGCUGGAAAUACAUUCUACAGCAGUGUGUGAUGAACAAACACCACAGAUCUUUUGUCAAACUGGAGUAGAGGUCUCACACAUGCACACGCUCACUGCCUUUUGUGUUUGUCACGGCAGCUCUUUCAGUUGGGAACUGUGUGUGAGUUCAGGAAGUUCAGUGUCUGCUGUGCUACUGUAAACACUACACAACACACUCUCCAGUGAAACACUUUUUCAAGUGUAAUAAAGUUCAUAUGUUUUUUUGUGUGACUCUUCA